UUCGAUCUCUUUUGCACGUGUUGUCAAACAGAAGCAUUUGCCAUAUCAUGUCUGCAAUCUGUACAACCUUUUGCAGUGCUGGCAGCCAAUAGUUGUGUCGAUAUCGUGACCUGAUGACGUGGCAUCAAGGGAAACGUGCGUAAGAGCCCACUGGUAGGAAAGGAAACCUUUGACAGCAGCCUAAAGGACACCAGUCCGCAUCUAUAGCUAGACAACUACGCUCGCUAUUUUUUUUUAGAUAAAACAGUAACCAAAUAUAGGCACUGUGUAUGGCCCUGUGCACUGUUCUAUUUCCAAACUCAGUUUAGCUUUGAAAUACGGCACAAGAAGCGUGUCUGCUAAACUGUAAUCUACGAGCGGACUCCCAAUGAUCGGAUGCAGUAUCGUGACAGGCUUUAUUCGUGCUUGGAAAGCCAAGUCUUAAACCAGUGGGAGGGGAGCAGAUAAGUCAGAACGUCAUUUCGUGAAGAAGACCACGUUUCGCUAAGCACUGAAGAUUUCGUUCUGAAGACUUCUUGAGCACUGACAAUGGACAGUGACGCCACGAAGGACCUGCGUAGGAAGAAGGACGUAGAAAAGAUCCGUCGACAGCUUUUCGGGCCAAAUGGGCUGCCUCAAACCCCGCAUAAAAAACCCGUGGAGAAGAUAACGCUAUGCAAAUUCGACAAAAACACGACGUAUGCUGAGGAUAAAAUGCUCCUUAAGUCAUCAAGCGACUUCUACAACAAGUGGGGUUUUGACCCGAACACUGAAGCAUUCGAUCCGAACAGUGACUGGCUAUGGGAAAAGCUAAUAAUGGAAGAUGGAACUGUUAGAAGCGUCGUUAAGUUAAAUCCACCGCAAGAACCCGGUCUUCCUACAGACAAUCCUAUUAAGGAUGCUGUUCAUGAGCAUUCGACCGAGCUUCACAAUAAUCGUUCGUUAGAUCAUAACCUUGCCAAGCUAUUUGUUGAUUUAACGCCGGCUGAACUUUGCAAUAAUCUCUCAAACGAAAGUGCUGAUGACAUCAUUAUGGAGAGGUCAAUGGCACAAUUGAGUAGCGAUUUGGAUAAUCAGGAUAUCGUUCGUGCAAAAUUAGCUGGACCACGAGGUAGUCUCCCAGAUGACCUCAUUAGAGAAGCCUUGCAAAUAAUGUCAGCCGGCACACGCUGCGGAAGUUCUAGUCUUAACGUUAUUGAGCUAUCCCCGUACAAAAUCAGCAUCUUCAACCGUCGACAGGGCAAACCUAAUGAACUAGUCGGCAUUUCACUGACACAAUCUUUGUUAAAGCAAUUCGCCUAUCCCGAUUUUUCGUGGAAAAGUCACGAUUCCGUUCGAAUUCAAGACGAUACCGUCAUCAUCGUCAAAAAGUUUGAAAAGUUUAUAUUCACGGAUACUAUUCAGAAUAUGCGGAGAGACGGUCCCUUGGGCGUUGCACUAAUCAAAAGAAUGAAACAAAUAUGCCCUCGUCAACCAAGAAGUUUAUAUUCGAGGCGGGGUUCAGCUCCGGCUAUUUUGUUUGUUCGCUGUUAAUGUGUGACAAUAUCCGAACCAAGCUGCAUCGUCCUCGUUAAGAGACUAGCGAGAAAUCAUUCGCUAUAACCUCUUGAAUAGGAAAACACCUGAAAUUCAUGUGAGCCCGACGAUAUGCAGUGGUGGACUAUUUACGGCGGCUACUUAAGGGCUAAGGGCGUUUCGUUAACGAAUAGUGACGAGGAUUUAUAGCAUUGCAAUCAUGGAACAUACCAAAAUCGAUCUGGUUGGCCGAACAAAUGUCCGUAGGAAUCUUUUUGGUACACUUCCAACCGACUCCAGGGCGUCCGUACCCGAGCGAAUAUUUAGUGAAGAAAAACAGAAAGAAUUCUUUGAUAAAUGGGGCGUAGACGUACGCAACGACUCAAUCGACCCUAACAGCCGUUGGGAAUGGGAGCUCGUCGAGUUUGAAGAUCUGCCUGAUGCGUUUAAACGAAUGGGAGGAUGCCGGCCGCGGCGGUAUUCAGGAACCAGCGUCGGAAGUGGAGGCGAUGUCUGCCAAAGCCGGAGUGGCUCAUUCUCUAUGCCAAGCGUCAGCGACGAAGGUCGAGCCCGCGGCCCACGCAGUGAAGGAGUAUUAGUUGAAAAGCUCACCCAUUUGAGUAACGUGAACCUUGACCCGGUUCGUGGCUGUUCAUCCCUGUCAAGCUCCGCUUCUUCGAGAACACUCAUUACAGAUUACCUACGGUCGCAGGCAAAGCGAAGUAGACGCAGCAAGGACACGAUGGCUAGUUCACCGCACGGAUCCCCAGAGUUGGUACGACAUUGACGUUGGACGGGAAGAAACCGAGGUCUGAACGAAUUUAGGUCGGAGAAAAUGUUACCUAAUUUUCGAUAGGGGCUGCGGUCUGUUUCUGCGACCAAGUCCCGUAAAGAGAGACUCGAAAGCAAAUGCAUUCUGACCUCGUUCCGUGAUACUGUUCUUCAACUUCGCCCGUCAUCAAUCUGUAAAUAUGCCACCUCUAUUGUAGAAAAAUGGUAUCCGUAAAGCAUAGCCCCUCGCGACGCCGUCAAUUCAAAAAACAUCGCGGCGGAUAGAGGCUUUACUUAUUAUGAGUUAUUACGUAGGCGAGUCAUCGAGCAGCGACCGAAUCAAGUGCUGUAUGGUUCGUUGUUUAGUAAAUUCGUGUAUUUCCAUUGAUGAUUUUUAGCGUUUUUAGCCAAUAUGUUUAUGCUUGUAACAAUCAUUCUACCAAAAACAUUCGUUCGGUAUUAACAAAAAAAUGCUGAAGACUAGUGAAAUGAGGAACGGAGAUGAAUAAAGUGUAAGGCAAAGACAAUGAAACAAUAAAACACCAACCAAGAACACAUACGCGUACACAAUACGUACAUAGGAAAAUCAUAGGAUUCAAAGCGAUAACCUUAUAUUUUUUUAACACUCUUCGAUUUCUUAUAUAUAUAUAUAUAUAUAUAUAUAUAUAUAUAUAUAUAUAUAUAUAUAUACGUACACAUAGAAAGAUGAAAAUAUAUAAAGAGAAACAAAUAAUUCUGAAUACGUAUGAAUAGAAAGAUACGAAUUAUUUAGAAGUAUCAGACCGGAUUCUGAUCGUUCCCUUUUUGCUAUGCAGUUAAAUUGAUUUCAUUGGCCAUUAUUAUGUUUAAUAGAUUUUUAUGGAGCGUACAGAACUGGGAUUUGGAUGCCUGCUGCGGGCCGGCCUACAGUUUGACCGCACAUUAGGGUAUAUCACACCAUAUAAUUUGGCAAUUAGUGCUUAAUUAUCGCAAAUGGUCUCUACUGACGAAAUUGAGUCGGCCGGCACCUUUCGGUUACCGUAAUGGACUCAUUCAUUAAAAGCGCGUUAAAACCUACAUACAAAAGCUUAAUAUAUAUAUAUAUAUAUAUAUA